AUGAGGAUGUGUGACCGAGGAAUCCAGAUGCUGAUCACCACCCUGGGAGCCUUCGCAGCGUUCAGCCUCAUGACCAUCGCGGUGGGCACGGACUAUUGGCUGUACUCCAGGGGGGUGUGCAGGACUAAGUCCACGAGCGACAACGACACCAGCAGGAAGAACGAGGAGGUCAUGACCCACUCGGGCCUGUGGAGAACCUGCUGCCUGGAAGGGUCCUGGCGAGGAGUCUGUAAGCAAAUCAACCAUUUCCCUGAGGAUGUCGAUUAUGACCAGGAUGCCGCUGAAUACCUCCUGCGUGCAGUGAGGGCAUCCAGCAUCUUCCCCAUCCUGAGCGUGGGCCUUCUCUUCUUUGGGGGCCUCUGUGUGGCAGCCAGCGAGUUCUACAAGAGCAAACUCAACGUCAUUCUCAGCGCAGGGAUCUUUUUUGUGUCGGCAGGACUGAGCAACAUCAUUGGGAUUAUAGUGUACAUCUCGGCCAACGCCGGCGACCCCGGGCAGAGCGACUCCAAGAAGAGCUACUCCUACGGGUGGUCCUUCUACUUCGGGGCCCUGUCCUUCAUCAUCGCCGAAAUGGUGGGAGUCGUCGCGGUCCACAUGUACAUCGAGAGGCACCGCCAGAUCCGAGCCAGGUCGCACUCGGUGGCCCUGCUGAAGAAGUCCGCCUUUGCCCGCCUGCCCACCUACCGCUACCGCUUCCGGCGGAGAUCCAGCUCCCGCUCGACGGAGCCCCGGUCCCGGGACUUGUCCCCCCUCGGCAAGGGCUUCAACACCAUCCCUUCCACCGACAUUUCCAUGUUCACCCUCUCCAGGGAUCCUUCCAAGGUGACCCUCGGGACGCUCCUCAACUCAGAGAGGGAUCACGGGUUUCUACAGAUCCACAACUCCCUCCCCAAGGAAUUCAAGGAGUCACUGCACAACAACCCCGCCAACCGACGGACCACCCCCGUGUGAGGCCAGAGGCCGCUCUGGCUGGCCAAGGGCUCUGGCGGAAGGAGAGUGGCCCUGCCUGGCAGGCAGUGUACAGAGGUGUCUUUCUUGUAGAGACUGCAUGAUGUGACCCCCCGCGCCCCCCCACCCCGCCCCUGCCCCGCCCCGCCCCCGCCUCCAGUGACGAUGGUGUAACCUGUGAAACUUUGUCCUUGAAGAAGAUACCCCGUGACGGGCGCCCUGGUUUCCUGAGUCCUGCGCUGCCAUUCACGAAGUGGCCCAACGGCUCGGCUGUGACUGUGUUCGGGUCUCCCCGGAUCCCGCGUCUCUCGUUCUCUGCCCAAGAAGGGACACUGAGCUUCGCCCCCAUGCCUGGGGGAAGAAGGGGCACCCAGUGGGCGGUCCAGAUGCUGAUGGCUCGCAGGCCCCAGCCCCUGCAGGGAGGUGGAAGCAGCACUGGCACUGCGCCCACCCCGGCUGGCUGUCCCCACCGUGGGCUGUGUGUGCACCCAGAAGCAACAUCCGUGGGACAUCUGCCAGCACGAAGCAGUGAGCCGGAGAGCUGAUGAGGCAACGGAGAUGCUCGUCCCUUCUUCUGUCCCAGGCGUUCUGAGGCUGCUGGGCUUGCGGGGGCUCUCUGUAUUGUGUGCAUGCGUUACAUAGCUUGGGAUCCCGUUUCCUCCCACAGGACCAGAAGGGACGGCCCUUCGCCCUCCGGGUGGCUUGCGGAAGGGCGCUGGGUUUCCUGGCAUAUUCAGCUCUCACGUCUGUGGCAAAAGGGCGGACGCUCGCGGCUUGGAUCAGCCACGGCCCUGCAACGAAGCCACGUGGGGCGAGGUCAGUGUCUGGAAGCGCGAAGAAGACGGCAGUGCUGGAUCCCAUCUGCACCUGGCCUGUCAGGUGCAGCACUCAAGGUACAGCCUGCACAAAUGGGAGAGACCUGGAACGUGUGGGUGGCUGAAGGAAAACCAAUAUACCAAUAAAACACAUCCAGAGGAA